UUUAAAAGCCGAACCAUGCAGGCCAAAGCAACCGACAGCCGACAGGAGCCAACGCUGCAUAUGGACACAAAUGCGCGUCGCAAUUUCAUCAAAUUCCAUGCGAAACUGGGUGAAAAACCCGGCACCACAGUGCGUUUCUUCGACCACUCCGAUUGCUACACGGUCCAUGGCAGCGAUGACUGCGAGCUGGUGGCCAAAAUCGUGUACAAAUCCACGGCCUACAUUGGCGCACUGCUGCCGGAGGACAAGAAGGAGACGCUCCAGUUCGUGUCCAUGUCCAAGAACAACUUUGAGCUGGCUGUGCGUGAGUUGCUCCUGGUGCGGAACCUCCGCGUGGAGGUGUAUGUCAAGAAUUCCACUGACUGGGAACUAGAGUACCGCGGCUCGCCCGGCAAUCUGCUGCAGUUCGAGGACAUCCUGUUCGCCAACAAGGAGGUCCUGGUGGGCAACAGCAUCAUCUCGCUGCUGGUCAAACUGGAGGGCGGUGGCCAGCGACGGGUGGGCGUGGCCAGCGUGGAGCAGAACGAUUGCAAGUUCCAGCUGCUCGAGUUCCUCGACGACGACUUCUUCACCGAACUGGAGGCCACCGUGGUGCUGCUCGGGCCAAAGGAGUGCCUGCUGCCCAGCCUGGAGGGCGACUAUGCCGCCGUGAAGACGCUACUCGAGAGGAAUGGCGUUAUGAUCACCGUGCCCAAGAAGAGCACCGCAAACGAUUUGCUGCAGGAUCUAAACCGCCUGUUGCGCUUCGCCAAGGGACAACAGGAGGACGCGACGGGUUUGAAGGAGCUCCAGCUUCAGCUGGCCUCCAACGCCCUAAAGUCGGCCAUCAAGUAUCUGGACCUGGUUAACGACGCCGGCAACCUGGGGCACUACGAGAUCAAGCAGCUGGACCUGAAGCGCUUUGUUCACCUGGACGCAGCUGCCGUGGCUGCAUUGAACAUCUUGCCCAAGCCGGGCACCCAUCCUUCCAUGCCCUCGUAUCGCUGGCAGAGCAUUUUGGGGGUUCUGGACCAUUGCCGCACUCCGCAGGGACACCGACUGAUGGGUCAGUGGGUUAAGCAGCCACUGCGCAGCCGAGAAAUCCUCAAUGAUCGUCACAAUAUCGUCCAAUGCCUACUCGAAUCGCCGGAUACACUGGAAACACUCAGCCUUGAUUAUCUAAAGCGCAUCCCGGAUAUCCUCAUGUUGACCAAGAAGCUGAUGCGGCGCAAAGCAAAUUUGCAGGAUCUUUUCCGCAUCUACCAGGUUAUUCUGCGAACACCUAAGAUUUUAAAGGUUCUGCUUGAGCUGGGUAACUCUACCAUAGAGAGUGUAAUUUGUGCACCUUUUAAAAGCUUCCUGGAAGAUCUGACUGGUCUUAAGCAGAUGGUGGAGCAGGUGGUUGACUUUGAGGCCAUCGAAAGGGGCGAGUACCUGGUGAAGGCUUCGUUUGACAGUCGACUAAUGGAGCUGCAGGAGACCAUGACAGAGCUCUAUUCGAAAAUGGAACGGCUGCAGACCAAGUGUAGCGAAGAGUUAGGUUUGGAUGGCAAGAAUCAGGUGAAGCUAGAAAAUGUGGCCAAGUUGGGACAUCAUUUUCGCAUUACUGUGAAGGAUGACUCUGUGCUGCGCAAGAACAAGAACUAUCGCAUUGUGGAUGUCAUUAAGGGCGGCGUUCGCUUCACAUCCGAUAAGUUGGAGGGUUACGCCGAUGAGUUCGCCAAUUGUCGCACGCGCUACGAGGAGCAACAGCUGUCCAUUGUGGAUGAGAUCAUUCUGGUGGCUGUGGGAUAUGCUGCCCCACUUACUUUACUUAACAAUGAGCUUGCCCAGCUUGACUGUUUGGUCAGCUUUGCAGUCGCUGCCCGCAGUGCUCCCACUCCCUACGUACGUCCCGAAAUGCUGGAGGAAGGUGCACGCGAAUUAGUUCUCCAGGACGUACGUCAUCCCUGCUUGGAGUUGCAGGAGCAUGUCAGCUUCAUAGCCAACAGCGUAGACUUUAAGAAAGAGAAAUGCAACAUGUUCAUCAUCACGGGACCAAACAUGGGUGGAAAGAGUACUUACAUUCGCUCUGUGGGAACCGCUGUCCUGAUGGCCCAUGUCGGCGCUUUUGUACCCUGCAGCUUGGCCACGAUCAGCAUGGUAGACUCCAUCCUUGGCAGAGUAGGAGCCAGUGAUAACAUCAUCAAAGGAUUGAGCACAUUUAUGGUAGAGAUGAUUGAAACAUCCGGGAUAAUAAGGACUGCUACUGAAAAAUCUUUGGUAAUCAUUGAUGAACUGGGUCGUGGUACUUCUACCUAUGAGGGUUGUGGCAUUGCAUGGUCAAUCGCUGAGCAUCUGGCCAAGGAGACCAAGUGUUUCACUCUCUUCGCCACUCAUUUCCAUGAGAUAACGAAGCUGGCAGACUCACUGCCCACUGUUAGGAACUGUCAUAUGGCGGCAGUGGCGGAUGCAUAUAACUUUACGCUGCUCUAUCAAGUGCGUCCCGGGGUCAUGGAGAAGAGCUUUGGCAUUCAGGUGGCGCGAUUAGCCAACUUUCCCGAGCAUGUCGUCCAAAACGCCCAAGAGGUGUAUAAUGAGUUCGAGGACGAACAUGUGGACAAGCAGAAAAAGGAGGACAAGGCACUGCUGGAGAAGAUUCAAAUGGCCAUUCAACAGCUGUCGACAGCCGGGAAUAAUGUGGAUAUCAACGUGGAGGACUUGACCCAGCUGGUUACGCAGUUUACAAAGGACAUUGAGCAGUUGGAUAGCGAUUACUUCAAAUCCGUGCUGGCCACUAGUGAGGCUUAGAAAGGAGGUAGGGUUAAGGGUAUUUUUAAUCAGGCAGUAUUACCUUUUCAUUUUCGAAUAUAUUUCCCUAAUUUGCUGAAAUUAAAUUUGUUUCAAUCUUUCUUUUUUUUUUGGUUGUAAACCGUAUUGUUUCGCUUACAAUUUUUCAUCAAAGAUUUAUAAAAAAAUCUAGUUGUAUAAACGACUUUGUUAAAUUAAUAUUUCUUCCAUCGAAUUAAACAUGAAAAUGUAACAUACUAUAAGAGCGGUCAACCUAGGAAGAUGAUGUUUGAAUUUUGUAUUUGCAGAAAGUUGUCUCAUACCACAUAUAUUUUAAUAAAUUAUCGCCAUUAUAAAUACAUACAUUUGCAUAUGUAUAUAAACCACGAUCAGAAUAUUAAUAGCGAACGCUUUUACUACAAUUAUUAUUAUUAUAGGGUUCAUGGAUAACCAAUAUCGAGAUGAAUCAUAGUCUAGCGAGACGCUAAUAUAUUUCAUGAUCCACAGCCGUCACAUGAUUUGAAAACACGGUGAUUUGUGUGUUACAAAUAGCGCUAUUCCUUCGGCUCCAUGCCAAGUCACAUUGAACACGCUUUUUAACACAGCGCAAACUACAAAAUACGAGCCUGACAAACUGUCAAUUUAAUCGGCCGGGUUUUAACCUCAGCUGUCACUUGGCUUAAAGCGCCGCCGUUCCGUUGGCCCGAUCUUUAGCUCGACUGUCAUUACCAAAUUCAACUUAAGUGCUGUCAAAAGAUAAUUACCGUUUCGGCUUUGAUUUUUUCUUACCUUUUUUACUUUGAGACAACUAAAUGACAACGGCUCUCUGAAAGGCCUAAACCAGUUUGUCGCUGCCUCUUGUGCUGUGAUUCAAUAAUAUGGCUAAAAUGGUCGAUAAUGGAAUUCCUUUUUUCGGCUUUAUAAAUAAAUAUAUUAAAAAAAUAGGUACAAAUUCAAUUAAAAAUA